CUCGCCGUCUCCUCCUCCUCACAAGGAUGAGCAUGAGCCACCGGGUGAUUGACUACUAGACCCACCACCACCACCACCUCCUCCUCCUCAAAUGGAUAAGCACGAUUCUCGACUGCUAGAACCAACACAUCCUCCUCCUCCUCCUCAAAUGGAUGAAAAUGAGCCGCAUUCUCAGAACAAGAUGCUGCCUCAAAAGGAGACGCUGCCUCAGAAGGGAGACGCCGCAACUGUUGGCUCCAUUUGGACUCAGAUCAAUACUAAAUAUAAGUCUGGUGAGCAUAUGCUAUCAGAGGAGGAUCUAAAGGCUGUUGGACCAUCAUGUGUGGCCUUGCAUAAUCACUACAUGCUAGAGAGUGCAAAUGGUGUCGACAACAUUGGUGUAUCAUUUCAGGCAUGCCACUUUGGAUCUACGGCAGAUAAUUUUUAUGUUGGAUUUAGUGAUUUGUAUGACCUAUUGCACCUUGACGCAUUGGACAUGAGCUUGCUGAGGUGCUUCUCACUGAAAAUGUUAGAAUUGGCAAAAGAGAUGGGGGUAGAUGUUGGAUUUUUGGACCCACAAAUAUUCUCAACAUUGGGCAUCCAAUUCCAAUCCAAUUUUGUAGUAGAUCAAAUUGCUAAGCUUAUGAACCAUGACUUCAUGGUAGGAGCGUACAACACGGGUGGCCACUGGGUGCCGGUAGUCUUUGUCACCAAGUCGAAUCUCAUAUUCCAUCUAGACUCCACGAAAAUUGUGCCGAAGUGAAGUUUCCAGAUGUCCAAGAAGUUAUUAACGUGUAAGCUUUUUGUAGGUUUGUUUCUAUAUAUGCAAUUUCUCCAACUCUUUAAUGUUGCUAAUCACUACCACUUCAUGAAGUUCCUUUGGAAAAUACAUUAAGACUAAAGGAAUAAAACCAAAGUCCAAAGCAACGAAACUGACGCAGUAGACCCAUUUUCAGGUAAUUAUAGCAAGGAUUCCAUUAUCGAUGCAGUUUUGCUUUGAUUUAUGCCAUUUAAUCUAGCAUAACAUUUUUGUGUAUUGUAGUGCGCUCAAUAACCACCAGGGAGCACGCUAUGUGCUUUCUACGUUGCAAUGAACAUGAUGAGCCUAGUUUGCGAUGGAACAACCUACAAAAGAUGUAUUUACUCUUCACAGCGCGUUUAUGCAUUAAUCACUUGUUUUAUUUAUUUACUAUUUGCCAACAUACUUUUUUAUUAAGCGUGGUGUAUUUACUCUUCACAGCGCGUUUAUGCAUUAAUCACUUGUUUUAUUUAUUUACUAUUUGCCAACAUACUUUUUUAUUAAGCGUGGUGUUCUGCAGGAUUAUACAACUCCACCUGGCCCAAUUUCCAAAGACCCAUAUGAAAUGAUCCGGGAGAUGCUAUGCAAUUUCAUCGUCAAGUAUGUCAUCCCAACGGACGGCAGCUUCUACUAAGGUCUAGUUUGAAACUGUGAGAACUUAUGAUUAUGACAUGUGGAGAAAAUUUGAACUUGAUGUCCAUGUGUUCAUGUGUUUAUUUAUAUUAGGUUACAGGUUACAUUUUUGUGAAUUUGAGAUGAUACAUGAGGCUGCACU